CCUGCAGUUCUAACCAGCGUCAUUCUUUGUUCACUUUACUCAUACCCUGAUCAAACUCAGUUGAUCCCCUCCAUUGUCUCUCAUCCUUGGAGUCCGACUCCUUUUUAGACAUGUCGGACGAAGCUCCGCGCAAGCGGUCGCGAUUCGACCAGACCGAGCCCGAGCCUCGAAAACCCUCUCGUUUCGAUCGUCGCUCGAGAUCCCCUUCCUCUCGACAACAAGAGUCCAGGAGAAGUCGCAGUCCUCAGCGGAGUAAGGAUAGCCAGAGUCCUGCUGUCGGCGAAAAGCGCAGCACCCCCAUCGAUCCCACCGCAGCUGCUGCCGCUGCCGCCGCAAAGAUCAGCGCCGACUUGCAAGCUCGCAAGGGAAUCCAGCACGUCGACGUACCCCCGAUCCAAUCUUCCUCUUCUCCAGGACCCCGUGACCAAUCAUCGUCCACUCCUACUGGCGGCGCAAGCACCCACAAUGUGGGCGGCGACAUCUACACUGCGGACGGUGACUAUAUUAAGGAUAUUGAGAUCAACGAUCUGCGUAAUCGCUAUGUCUUGACCAAAGGCUCCACUCAGAAGAUGAUCAAAGAAGAAACUGGCGCUGAUGUUACCACGCGCGGCUCAUACUACCCCAUCAAGAGCAUGGCUACUGCAGCAAACCCCCCUCUCUACCUUCACGUCACAAGUACAUCUAAGUCUGGUCUCGAAAAAGCCAUUGUCAAAAUUGAAGAACUCAUGCAACAGGAACUACCUAAUCUGGUCGACGAGCGACGAUUUCGUCGCCGAGAACCGGAGCAGGUCGAACGUGACGAAUUUGGUCGACGCAAAUGGCCCGAAGAACGGAUCCCACUCGACAUGGAAAACAUCCCUGGCUUCAACUUGAGAGCCCAGGUUGUCGGACAAGGCGGUGCCUAUGUCAAACACAUCCAGCAAGAAACUGGAUGUCGCGUCCAGAUCAAGGGCCGUGGCAGUGGAUUCAUGGAACAUAGUACUGGCCAAGAAUCCGAUGAACCCAUGUACUUGCAUGUUGCUGGCCCACAGCCACAGCAAGUUCAGAAAGCCAAGGAGCUCUGUGAGGAUCUUCUGGUCAACGUACGAGCCAAUUUCGAGCAUUUCAAGGCUAACCCACCGCCACAACGCAUGGAAUCAUACACGGAUGGUUAUGGUGCAGACGCUAACCGAGGCUCCUAUGGCGGGUAUGGCCGUGACCGAGGUCGUGAAAACAGCUACUCGCACAACAGCAACAACUACAAUUCCCCCUACUCAGCGACCCCAUCGACCCCUGCACCGGGAACUGCGGCCUCGCCCACCGACUACGCUGCUCAACAGGCUCAGUACGCUCAAUACUUUGCUAACCAACCUGGUGGCGAUCCUUAUGCUGCUUACGGAGGCUACCAGAACUAUGUGGCAUACUAUCAGUAUUACCAACAACAGGCGGCAGCAGCAGCUCAGCAGCAAUCUCCGCCCCCACCUCCAGGCGAUGCCAGCGCCCAACCUCCUCCUCCGCCACCUGAUUCCUCAGCGGCACCACCUCCACCACCGCCUUCAUCCGGCUAUGCGGCCGUCCCGCCCCCACCUGGACUGUGAGCCUUUUGGUUGAUUUGAGAGCUGACCAAGUCAGAUUCGGGGUUCAUGAAACCGACCCGGGAGGAAACCAAUCACGCUUGAAAUUUCAACUCGAAGCGAUAUCGAAUUUCUUUACGUUUGCCACCAUGGCCAUUGGUUUGUAUGUCGAAGCGAAGGUGUUCUCCAAGAACACCAAGGCAAAGUAUUUUCAAAAGCAAAGACUCUAUGACAGCUGAUCGGUCAAUAGGGACCAGAUCCAUUAAUUUCAUCAUUGUUCCUUGUGUUGUGAUUUGCAGCUGACCAAACAUGUAGUUGUUCAUUUGCUUCUAAACUUUCCCGAUCGGCCCUAGCUUUGGUGAGCCAGACUUGAUGGCCGAUUUUGAGUAAUAUGACAUGUAUUUGACCAUGUAAGUGGGAGGACGUGAAGGUAGAUUGACUACAGCUUUCAAAGAAAUCGAUACUCUUAUAAGUUUGACUAGGUCUGUAUAUUGGUGCCAUGGAUUUGCUGAGGGC